AUGGGACCAAUGCCAGGUCGGCGAAAAGACUUGAACACAGGCGAGCGAGAAGAAUCUCCUGUGCCCUGGCAUUGGUUUGUGGCUCAACGAAAAGUUUCGAAUGGCAAGAAGCGAGAAGAAUUCCUGCCACGCCACUUACUUCCUAUUCACAUUUCAACAAAAAAAUUCUUUACUUGCCUUCUUGUACGCAUCAAGAGGUUUCUUCUCGAUCUAUUAACGUUGAAAAAUCCAUUAUUGACCCUGAUUACUGAACUAUCUGUAAUUUGGUCGGCGAAAAGACUUGAACACAGGCGAGCGAGAAGAGUCCCCUGUGCCCCAAUGGGACCAAUGCCAGGUCGGCGAAAAGACUUGAACACAGGCGAGCGAGAAGAAUCUCCUGUGCCCUGGCAUUGGUUUGUGGCUCAACGAAAAGUUUCGAAUGGCAAGAAGCGAGAAGAAUUCCUGCCAUGCCACUUACUUCCUAUUCACAUUUCAACAAAAAAUUCUUUACUUGCCUUCUUGUACGCAUCAAGAGGUUCGCGCGCCAUUUCCUUUUUCCUUCAGGCUCUAAUGUUUUGA